UGAGUUAAUGCAACAAAACAUACAAACAAUUAACAUAUGAUUUGUGUUUUUGUUAUUUAUUGAUAUAUUUGGAUAUAUUUGGAUAAAUGUGAUAAAAAUAUAGUGAAAUGAGUGACAAUAGUAAUGAGUUUUACUGUCAGACACUUAAAGGUUGUCGUCAUGUGAUGGCACCGAUGGUGGAUCAGUCGGAACUGGCCUUCAGAUUAUUAGGUCGACUAUAUUAUGGCAUUCAAUGUUGUUAUACACCAAUGAUUAACGCAAAUUCAUUCAUUAAUAAUAUUAAAUAUCGUAAUCAAUGUCUACAAACGUCACCCGAAGACCGACCACUUAUUCUUCAGUUUUGCGCCAAUAAUACGGAAGUGCUGUUGAAGGCAUCAAAGUUGGCAGUCGGUCACUGCGAUGCCAUUGACAUAAACCUUGGUUGUCCCCAAGCCAUUGCUAAACGUGGACAUUACGGAGCUUUUCUUAUGGAUGAAUGGCAUCUAAUCUAUGAUAUGAUAAGCCGUAUAUCGAGUGAACUAAAAGUGCCGAUAACUUGUAAAAUAAGAAUAUUUGCCGAUUUGAACAAAACUAUUGAUUUCGCAAAAAUGUUGGAAAAAGCAGGGGUUUCCAUGAUUUGUGUUCACGGCCGACGUCGGGAACAAAAAGGACCACAAACUGGUUUGGCUGAUUGGACUUAUAUUAAGGCAAUCAAAGAAGCCGUCAAAGUGCCGGUAUUUGCCAACGGAAAUAUCCUUUCAUUAAGUGAUGUCGAGAAGUGUUUUAAUGAGAUACCAGUGGAGGCUGUUAUGUCAGCUGAAGGUUUACUCCAUAAUCCGGCCCUUUUCACCGGUAAACCCGUUGCCGUUUGGACGGUUGCCGAACAAUAUUUAAAUCUUGUUAAUCAAUAUCCAUGUCCUCUAUCAUACACGAGGGGACAUAUAUUUAAGUUCUUUCAUCACUGCUUUAUGUUAGAGUCAAAUGAAGAUUUGCGAGAAAAAGUAGCGAAAGCCCAUACCAUCGAUGUGUUUGAAAAUGUAACUAAAGAAUUGAAAAAUAGAUAUGAAAAACAAUAUAAUAGUGAGUCUAUAAUUAGUAACAAUUGGACAGAUGGUUCAACUUUGCCUCCAUAUAUAUGUCAGCCUUAUAUUAGACCCGAACCGAAACCAAUCAUUUCAAUGGCAAAUAAGAGAUCUCCUGAAGACGAUAAUAUUGAGACAGAGAGUAAAAAGCUAUCAAAGAAAAAGUUGAAACGUAUGAAUCGUAGUAUCAAUCAUACAGAUCGGGUCAGAGCUGUUAGUAAACGGAUUUUAUGCACAUUAUGUCCGAAUCCAAAGGCAGAGAAAUGUGAUUAUAAUUUUUGCCGAUCCUGUUGUCGCAAAAAGACUUUCGAAGAAACCCUUGACUGUACCGGUCAUAAAUUUCAAAUGAAAGGUCGACUCAUUAAGAAAAUGCAAAAUAACGAUAUAUUAAAUGAUAAUAAUAAAUAA